CCACCUCCUCCUUCCUUCUAGCAGCGCGGGCUGGUCUGCCCAGAGAGCCGGCGCAGGGCGAAGGGGGAGCGGCGUGGCCAGGCGCCCGGGCAGCUGCAAAGUUUGCCACACUUGCGCGCUACGGUGCCGGGCUGCCGGGCGCCGCUGAGCGGCUGCUGGAUGGGCUUCGGCUUCGUUUCUCCCAUUUGUUUGCGGGUCUUUUAGUAAAUAGAGCUAUUAGCCUGGCCGGCGGAGGCAGCGGGAGCAACAAACUUGGGGCUGUGAGGCGAAGAUCCCGCGCGGGGGCUCCGGGCCCUGAGCUAGCAGCCCGGGCUUUGCUUUCCAAAGCUGCGGACCUUAGAGCCUGGCAGCUCGGCAUCCCGCCAUCCCGCCGGUUCCAGAUCGCGGAGUCCUUUGGAGCGUCGUGUGGGGACAGCAGGGAUUGGGGGCAGUCCAGUGGCUUGGGGGAGCGCGGGGAGCUCCCCCUCUCUAUGGAGGGAGCGCAGGAUGGUGUGCACCAGGAAGACCAAAACUUUGGUGUCCACCUGCGUGAUCCUGAGCGGCAUGACCAACAUCAUCUGCCUGCUUUACGUGGGCUGGGUCACCAACUAUAUCGCUAGCGUCUAUGUACGGGUGCAGGAGCCGGUGCCCGACAAGAAGCUGGACGAGGACAAAGGGGACACGCUGAGGAUCAUCGAGCGUCUGGACCACCUGGAGAAUGUCAUCAAACAGCACAUUCAAGAGGCCCCUGCCAAACCUGAGGAGAGUGCUGCGGAGGCCUUCACAGACUCGUCCCUCUUUGCCCACUGGGGCCAGGACCUCAGCCCUGAAAGCAGGCGCAUCGCCCUGAAGCAGUUUCAGUACUAUGGCUACAACGCUUACCUCAGUGACCGCCUGCCCCUGGAUAGGCCCCUGCCUGACCUUCGUCCCAAUGGGUGCCGGAAUCUCUCCUUUCCUGAUAGCCUCCCAGAGGUUAGCAUCGUUUUUAUCUUUGUUAAUGAGGCUCUCUCUGUGAUCCUGAGAUCCAUUCACUCUGCUAUUGACCGGACUCCUCCUCACCUGCUCAAGGAGAUCAUUCUGGUGGAUGAUAACAGCAGUAAUGAAGAACUCAAGGAGAAGCUGAAAGACUACGUGGACAAGGUGAAUGCUCACAAGCCGGGCUUCAUUAAGGUCGUCCGCCAUAACAAGCAAGAAGGGCUGAUCCGUUCCCGCGUAAGUGGCUGGCGAGCAGCCACAGCUCCAGUAGUCGCUCUCUUUGAUGCCCAUGUGGAGUUCAAUGUUGGCUGGGCAGAACCUGUGCUCACCAGGAUAAAAGAAAACCGGAAGCGGAUCAUUUCUCCAUCCUUCGACAAUAUCAAAUAUGAUAAUUUUGAGAUUGAAGAAUAUCCCCUGGCUGCACAAGGCUUUGACUGGGAGCUGUGGUGUCGCUAUUUAAAUCCUCCCAAGUCCUGGUGGAAGUUGGAGAAUUCAACUGCUCCAAUAAGGAGCCCAGCCCUCAUUGGCUGCUUUAUUGUGGACAGGCAAUAUUUCCAGGAGAUCGGCUUAUUGGAUGAAGGAAUGGAGGUCUAUGGAGGAGAAAAUGUGGAGCUGGGGAUCAGGGUGUGGCAGUGUGGUGGGAGCGUGGAGGUCCUGCCCUGCUCCAGAAUAGCCCACAUUGAACGAGCUCACAAGCCCUACACGGAGGACCUCACCGCCCACGUCCGCAGAAAUGCUCUCAGGGUGGCAGAAGUCUGGAUGGAUGAAUUUAAGAGCCACGUUUAUAUGGCGUGGAAUAUACCCCUAGAGGAUCCCGGAAUUGAUAUUGGUGACAUUUCUACGAGGAAAGCCCUUAGGAAAAAACUGCAGUGUAAGACAUUCCGAUGGUACCUUGUCAGUGUAUACCCAGAAAUGAGGAUGUACUCAGACAUCAUUGCAUAUGGCGUGCUGCAGAAUUCUCUGAAGAGUGACUUAUGUCUGGAUCAAGGACCAGAUACGGAAAAUGUUCCCAUCAUGUACUUGUGCCAUGGCAUGACUCCACAGAACGUGUAUUACACAAGCAGUCAGCAGCUCCAACUAGGCGUCCUGAGUCCCACUGUCGAUGACGAUGACAACAGGUGCCUGGUGGAUGUCAACAGUCGGCCUCGGCUCAUUGAAUGCAGUUAUGCCAAAGCCAAGAGAAUGAAGCUUCACUGGCACUUUUCUCAGGUUUGAAACUCUAUGGAGAGAAUCCCCAGAAAGUCACUCAGAUUCAUAGACAAGGACCGGAAGGAGGAGAAGCCCUAUUAUAUGUCAUUAUAUGCACAGAAAUUCCCCUUAUUCUGCCUCAUUAUUUCUUUGGUGUUUACUCUGGCUUCCUCAGUCUCAACAUUGCCAGCGUCUGUAGAGGCUCUGAUUCCAUCUUCAAUAGGUCUGCCUUCAUCUCCUUGGACACUGGGAAGAAAUGGGAACACUGGAGCCUUAGUUCCUGGAGAAGCAUUUACUGUUCCAGUCACUCUUCCUUGGCUUCACCUUCCCUAUUCUAUCCAUCCUAUCAGUAUGGAAAAACAUAGCUGUUCCUCUGAGCUGGCUUCACUCAACAUGUCCAUUGGCACACAAUGGGUCCCUUUACUCGAUUAGGUGGCACUUCCCCUAUCUGCUACUGUUAACUUCAGCACCCAUUCCAGGAUAUUUCCACACUAUUAACUACUAGUGAUUGGUGCCCCAUUUCUACUUUUCCAAGCAAUAAUUAAUAAGCUUUAACAAAGGAAUAGUUACUAUGAAGAUAUCACAAGAACAGAAAUCUAAACAUUUCCAACAACUGGAGGUACAUUUCUUCCUAAAUCAUCUUGGUCCCUGGGCACCUUAUGCACCAAAUUGAUUUUUUUUUCCUCCAUAGCAUUAGUUCGACCAAGUUCACUUCCAAAUACAACAAGGUUGAAGCAUGGAUGAGUCCAAACUUCUGCUACUGAUGAACUGGAUAAAGAAAUUACUCAAGUUUUCCAGCAAAUUCCAGCAUGGAUUCAAGCUUUUGUUUUGGGCUGACUCCCUCUUCUGACCUUUUUGCAACUUACAAAGUCAUAUCAAUUGCCCUCACCUAAAAGCAUGGGAAAAAAAUAGAGACAAUAGAGACAGAAGCAACAGCAGGACCACGUACUUUUGGCUCCUUCCCAGUUCUGGGUGAGAGAGAGGCUGCAGAGGUCCACAGAUGGUUAUCCACCUUCUGAAAUGCCAGCCAGGCUAGAAAGAGACCUACUUUGGCUACUCUGUGCCUUUUGAAUUCAACCCAGUACCAGGUCAACAGCUAAUCAAUCAACGUUCCUCUUCACCUCCUGAUCAGCAGAAACAAUUAAACAAUGUCUGCCCGUGCUCCAAAAUGCACAUGGGAAAUUGGAUCCCCUGAGCACCCUGCACAUGUUCAUUAAAACUGGGCUCAUUGGCCAGCCCUUCAUUGCCGAUAACAAGCUAGCAAAGAAAGUGCUUUUUGCAUUUGUACAGAAGUGCCCCCUUCCAUGUCUACCUGAAGCUCUACUAUUUCUGGCUUGUUUGUUUGUUUCUUUUUUUAUAAUUCUUUUUAAAAAUGUGUGUGUGUAACCAUGUAUAUGCAGUUCUAGUCCUGCUGAUUUAAUUUUGCAUCACUUCAUAUGGUGAUUUUUAUACUUAUGUAUCUCUUUUUUCUAUGUUUUCCUGUAUGAUUCCUAUUCAACACUUUAAAUAGCACCACAAUAUUCCAUACAUUAAAAUGCUCUUGUAACCUGUAACUGCCCUGGGCCCUCUUAUCAGAG